AUGGAUUAUAAAGAAAGACUUGCUCAAUUUGAAGAUAUUCUUAGUAUAAAAAAUAUAUCUACGGAACCUACUAUAGACCUCUAUAAGUUUCGACAUUUAUGUUUUCGAGGGAUUCCUGAUAAACCUGGUAUUAGACAAUUAAGUUGGAAGAUUUUAAUAGGAUAUCUACCACCCGAUAAAAGAAAGUGGCAAAGCACGCUCGCGGAACAAAGGUCAACUUAUUAUAGCUUUAUUAGGGAUUUAUUGGUAGAUCCAAGUGAAGAAGAAUUAAAAAAUUCAAAUGAAUCGACAGAUGAUCACCCAUUAAAUUCUUCACCAAGUUCAAAAUGGGCGGAAUAUUUUGCAGAUAAUAAUAUGUUAGAACAAAUAGAUAAAGAUGUUAGACGUACAUUACCAGAUUUUGCAUUUUUUCAAUUGCCGGUACCGCACAGUCCAUUAAGUCCUCUCAGUCCUAAAAUUGAAGCAAUAAAUAGAAUUAAUGGAGCUCGAUCACCUUCUAUACUCGAAACAUUAGACUUUGAUGAUUCUGUUAGCAUAAGUAAUUAUAGUGAUUCUAUAUUAACUACGGCUUCAGAAUUAGAUGCAGAAGUUGCCGUAUUAGAAGCUCAAUUAGCAAUAAUUUCUAAUCCAUCAUUACCGUCGGCAAGUGGAAUUCUCAACAGAAAUAUUUCAACUAUGUCUAGUCCAAAACCGGUUCCGCUAGACUUAUACUAUAGAACAUCAUCUCCUCCGCCUGUUACACCUAUACCAACUCGUAGAUCUAUAUUCAAACGUGUACAGCAUUUAAAUAAAGAUUUCGGUAUGAGAGGACAUAGUACAAAUACGAGACCUUGUUCUCCUGCUUCAAGUUAUAGAUCAGAUGGAUCAAAUGUUCGUGAUGACGAUGGCGAAGUUGAUUUACAUUGGGAAGCCAUUGAACGUAUAUUAUUCAUUUAUGCUAAAUUAAAUCCUGGCGUGGGUUAUGUACAAGGCAUGAAUGAAAUAUUAGGUCCUAUUUAUUAUACUAUGGCAAAUGAUUCUGAUGAACAAGGAAAAGCACAUGCUGAAGCAGAUUCAUUCUUUGUGUUUACAUUAUUGAUGGCACAUAUCAGGGAUCAUUUUGUUAGAAGUUUGGAUACGGAUGAAGCAACUGGUAUUGGUCAUACCAUGAAAAAAUUAAACAGAAGAUUAAAAACUUAUGCACUUAAUUUAUGGAGAGAUUUAGAGAUAAAAUCUUUGUAUCCAACUUAUUACUCAUUCCGUUGGUUAACAGUUAUGUUGACGCAAGAAUUUGCUUUACCCGAUGUUAUUAGAUUAUGGGACAGUAUUUUAGCUGAUCGUGAUGAUGAUGAUGAAUCGACAAGUGGCUUUGAAUUUUUAUUAGAUUUUUGUUGUGCUAUGUUAAUGUGUGUUCAAGAUGAAUUACUAAGAGAUCCAGCAAUAGUAUUGCGUAAAGCGUAUUCAUUAAGAGAAUCGAGAUUAUUAGCAAAAUUAAAUGGUGAAGAAGAUGAUGAAUUAGAUGAAGAUUAUUCUUACAUAAAUUCCAAUGGGGAAGAUUUUGGUUAUUAUUCAUCAUCAGGUAAUGAAUAUGAAUAUUAUGAUAGUGAUGACCUUUCCCUUGGAGAAAGUAUAAUCGAAACUACUAGUGAGUCUUCUAUUGAGACAUCUACCACGAAACUUUAUAAUACGCAACAAUCAACAAAUCACAAUAAUCAUUAUCUAUUACGUGCUCAAGAGGUUAAAGUGAAAGGAUGGGCUAUGUUAAGAAAAGUACAGGGUGUCGUAUCUGGUCGUAAUAAUAUUGCAUCAUCAAAUUUGAAUACAUUUUCAACAAAUUCGACUUUCUCAAGCUCAAAUAUAUCAACUUUAUCGUCACAAUCGAAAAUUAAUAAUGAGAAAACAUCAACUACAUCAACAUUAUUAUCGAAUUCCUCAGCAAUUGGGAAUGGAUUUAAAUCUUUACCUACAGUUAACAAAGUUAAUGUCAAUAAUGGAAUGAGUGGUUUUUCUAAUAGAUUUUCUAACGUUUGGAAAAAAAAUAUUACUUAA